CGCAGAAACAGAUCGCAGUCGUCGGAGUUGUCAAAAAUAAGCCAAGGAAGGAAUUUUUGUUUUUAGCAGAAAUUUCUUAAUUUCCUUACUUUUUCUUUCGUCGUUAUCAUAUUUACAUACGACAAUUAACCUCGUUUCAUAUGAAAUUAAUAGUUUAAUUAAUUCACAUUCAGAGAAAAUAUCAUUCAUAAUCAUUGAAAUAAUUGCACAAAUCAAGGUCGAAGUUCAACAUUGGAGAACCUAAUCAUACGAGAAACACUUUCUACUACUGCCCCCACUUUUAAAUUAAGCUCGAAUCUUUAACACAUCAAGAAAUGGAUACGGAAAAGUCCAGCAAUAGCUCGUUUGAGGAUCUCUCGAAUCUCAACGAGGCCGAAAUGAAACAAAUGAAGGAAGAAGUUGAGCCUAAGAUUGAUGAGCAUCGAGUUGUUGACUUGCUUGGCAAUGGCCAGCUUAUUAAGAAGACCUUGAAGAAGUCUAACAAUCCCAUAAGUCCGCAACGUGGAGAAUUGGUUAAGCUUAGUUUUACUGGUAAAUUGGACGAUGGCACGGUUGUGGAGAAGGAAGAAAAUGCAUAUUUCCAUGUUGGUGAUUAUGAAGUCGUCCAAGGUCUAGACUUGGCAAUACCAAUGAUGUUUGUUGGGGAAGUUGCUGAGGUAAUCGUGGAUUCUAGAUUUGCCUACGGACAAAUUGGAUUGAAAAACGAAGAGGACCCUAAGCUUUCCAUUCCCCCAGAUGCAAAGAUAACUUAUGAAGUACAUUUAUUGGAUACAAAAUUUGAAGAGCAUGCAGAUCUUAAGAACUUUGAAAUUCGUAAAAAAUAUGGAAACCGCAAAAAGGAAAGAGCUAACUUUUGGUAUAAUCGAAAUGAAUUUAAUAUUGCAAUUCAAUUAUACCGUCGUGCGCUUGAAUACUUAGAUGAUAGAGAUGGUGAUCCAGAGGCUAAUAUUGAUACAGAAGAUUUAGAGCUAUCCAAUGCUGAUUUACAGAGCAUUUUGGAUGACAGAUUGGUUGUUUAUAAUAAUCUUGCGAUGGCACAGAUUAAAAUUUCAGCAUACGAUGCUGCACUUGCUUCAGUUGAGCAUGUGCUACGAUGCCAACCCAAUAAUCAUAAGGCUUUAUACAGAAAAGGAAGGAUUUUAGAAGGCAAAGGUGACACCAAAGGAGCCAUCAGUUUAUUACAAAGAGCAGCUACUUUGGAACCUGAUAGCAGGACUAUUCAACAGGAUCUCGCCAAGUUAAUUAUAAAAGCACGCCGUGAAGAACACAACGAAAAAGAAAUGUACCAAAAAAUGUUGGGCCAUGCCAAAAAGCUAGAACAAAAUAGCAAACAGCCACUAAAACGAGCUAAUCCAGAAAGCUCAAAGUUAAAAGUUCUUGGAUAUCUUAUGGGAUCUAUUCUGAUUGGUGUUGCUGGUGUAGCAAUGUACAGAUAUAAAUACUAAACAAACAAAUC